GAGUUCCCAAUAUACUGUGCAAUCGUAUCAAAUAUAUUUGUGUGUGGGGGAAGUGGGAAGUGUGUAUACACAUAUAUUCUGAUAGAUAAGAAAUUAAGUAGUGUUGUGAUACUUACAAAAAUUGCAUUGAAGUACUGGGAGAUUGAACAUUCUAUCGAGAUCGAGAUCGAGAUCAAGAGAUGCCUCGGGAUAGGGAUCCACUGGUGGUAGGGAGAGUAAUAGGGGAUGUGUUAGAUGCCUUCAACAGGUCUAUCACCCUCAGGGUAACUUACAGUAGUAGGGAUGUUAAUAAUGGAUGUGAGUUUAGGCCCUCUCAAGUUGUGAACCAACCUAGGGUUGAAAUUGGAGGGGAUGAUCUCAGGACCUUCUACACCCUGGUUAUGGUGGAUCCUGAUGCUCCCAGCCCAAGUGACCCCAGCCUGCGAGAAUACUUGCAUUGGUGAUUUAACAUAGAUUCUCUCUCUCUCUCUCUCUCUCUCUCUCUCUCUCUCUCUCUCUCUCUCUCUCUCUCUCUUACAAGUUUAUAAUUAAUUAAUGGAAUUUUGGUAAUUGAUUUUC